CGCUCCCCGUCCGGCAACACCGCGGGCUGUGUUGGAAGCGGCGACUGGCGGGAGACAGUUGGCCGACGCGAAUCUGAAAUGAAUCGUCAAAUAUCUCAAGAUGGAAGAAGGAAAAGCUAUCUACCUCAAGACAUGGCAGAGGCAAUGCUCAAAGUCCAAAAUGGGCUCAUGGGUAUUCCUCAAGCAGCUAAGCUGCAUGGUGUGCCCAGGUCUUCACUGUAUUACAGCCUAAACAAAAAUCGCCCCUCUCCUAUCGCAACUAAAGAGAGCACAAAUACCCCUAAAGAGCAGAGGACUGUAAAUAAAAUGGCUGUAGGAAUAAAGUCUCCUCCUGGUUUCAAGAUGAGCCAACCGUUGAAUUGUUGCUUUUGCGGCCGUGGAGACGAGAACGAAGUGGAGUUUGGGAAGAUCUACACGGUUGAUGAUGUGUCGGUCCAUUAUUAUUGUCUGCUGUUCUCCAGUGGUUUGGCACAAAAUGGUGAAGAUGACGAAGGAGUCCUAGGCUUCUUAGCAGAGGACAUAGUAAAAGAAGUUCAGAGGGGACGGAAAUUGUCUUGUUGUUAUUGUCUUCGCAAGGGAGCAACAAUUGGCUGCUACAAUAAGAAAUGUCGAAAAACGUACCACUACCCAUGUGGAAUAAAACAAAAUGCUCUCUGUAAAUUUUCUAAUGAUUUCAGAUCGUACUGCUCCCAACAUCGUGAGUAUCAGCAGGGCUUUGGGUGUGGUGAGGGAUUGGAAUGUCCAAUAUGCAUGGAAGAGCUGAUUGCUGAUCCGAAAGAGGCCAUCUGGGCUCCAUGUUGCAAGAGAAAAACAUGGUUCCACAAACUGUGUCUGCAAAGGCUGGCUUUGAGUGCAGGCUACUUCUUCAAAUGUCCCUUAUGUAAUGACAAGGAUGUAUUCCAACUGGAGAUGCAAAAUCUUGGCAUUUUUGUCCCAGAGAAAGAUGCAAGUUGGGAGCUGGAACCAAAUGCCUUCAGUGAGCUUCUUGAAAGACCAAUCCAUUGUGAUGCCCCCAAGUGCAAGUGCCCGGAUGGAAGGAAGACAGACGUGGAAGGAACGAGAUGGGAAGUGUUGCUGUGUAAUCUCUGUGGCUCAACAGGCGUUCACAUACAGUGUGGUGGUCUGCCCUUUGUCUGCACUGAAUGGAACUGUCCGACAUGUGUAAACAUGUUGUCCGAGAGCUUUAAGAGAACACAGCAAGAGGAAAGGCAGCGACGACUGAAUGAAAGGAAAAGCAGAAUUUCUGACAGUGAGGACCAUACGCUUGAUACCCCUCAGGGCUGUUGCUCCUCUGCUGCUUCUGGAUCUGUAGCCAUGGAUGUCUUAGGGAACAGAGAGACACUCACUCCAGGCAAAAGAAAGAGAGAGGAUGUGGAAACUGGAAUGGAAACCCCCCCAAAGAUGCGGCACUUGGAGGACAUAGAAUCCUUUUCAAAAAUUACCUAUGCCAGUGAUUCUGAUGAAGAGAUUGAUGUCGAGUCGGGGGAAUACCAGGUUCCUCCUCAUACCAAUAUUAGAGAGCUUGAAGAACUUGGGGAGGAACUGCCAAAGAAAUUGAGAAAGCUCAAAAAUUAUGCCUUGCGGGCUCAGGAGAGGAUGCAAGAAUUGCGUUUAACAGAGGCUGACAUUGUUAGAAUAGCAAAGGAGGCUGCACACACAAAAGACAUUGCACUUGAUAAAUCUCAAGUGACAAGAUUUUUCAGGUACAAAUUACCUUUGGAGAAAAUGUUACCAAUUGCAGAAUUAAUCAAAAGGGUCUUUGCUUUUAGAGAAGCCAUGGUGCUGGAAGCACAGAAUUCAUCUGCUUGUAAAAAGAAAGGUGGUAGUUCCACUCCCUCUAGGAGAGGGAGGAGAAGAUCGGGAACUCCAACCAUAAAGAUUCCACUGCUGAAGACGGCAAUUUCCCAGUCUUUGAUUACCACAGGAAUAUCGCCCAUUCGGAAGGAAAAGCAGGUAGAUACAGAGGCAGUAAACACCGACUUACCUGAGAGCUGGUCCAUGUGCAGAGCCAGUAAAACAAUAGGCAAACUAACCUCAGGACUUGACACUGAAACUGAUCCUGUGGACUCUAAGCUAGAUAGUAUAUUGGAAGCUCAGAGUGAGGGCAAAGUGAAAGAGGAGGGGCCAGAACGCAAAUCUGAUGUCGGUAUAAAUAAAAAAGUUGUGAAUCAUCUGGGAUCCGUGGAUAGUAAUCUUGGCAAAGGACAAUAAUGAAUCGGAAGCAGAACUCUCCUUGUAUUUGUCCCCCAUGUCUUCUCAAGGGUCUGUGGGAAGCAAGUUAAAUGUAAUGGAAACGCGGACGAAUAAAGAAAAUGAAGGCGUUAAUCAGGAUGUCUACCAGUCUUCACAAGCUUGUCGUAAGCUCUCAUUAAACCACAACAAUCAUAUUGCAAAGGAGACUGCUGAAUCCUUGUUACCAAGAGAAGGGGUCAGAACUACCAGUGGACUGCCUGGAGGGAUUCCAACUUCAGAAAGGUAUGGAUGUGUCUUGAGAAAUAUGCAGGUAGUGAGCAACUCUCCCACCAGGAAGGUUCCAGGUCCAGGUGUGCAUGAGACCUACCCAGGUUGGAAUUUGAUGUAACCCUGAUGAAUGCAGUGGCAGGCCCAACCGCCGAGCAGAAGAAAGACCAGUUGGAGAACAAGCCACAGGUGCACCAGCAGGUGGCUCCCUCCAAUGUGAAAGAUGUGACCCAGAAACUGAAACUGCCUGCCAAGAAAACCAGUGGUGAAGAGAGAGGCCACUCUUCUGUCCACAGGAGAAAGAAACACACCAGAUCCAGUAGUCGUGAUAAAAAUAAGUACAUACAGAAAUCACUUUCACCAUUUAUUUUGAAGCAGAAAAAGUAAUACAGCAGUACUCAUAUUUAUUUGGAGUGGAGUGUGAUGAGCAAGUAUCAUUAUAGAUUUUUAUAUUCAUGUGUUGAAAUGAUGUUUAAUUUUAGGAAGAAAAAAAGAGUAUUUUUUUGCCUCUGAAUUUCUCAUGUUUGUUAAGUUUUACAAUUAUAGAUUGUUUAGAGAGAAGAAAAGUGCAGUUAGUAUAUUUAGAUGGUUUAAAAAGAGAUUGGCUAGGUAUUCCAGCCAGGUUAGGUAGGAACGUGUCCUAGUGAGGGUAAACGAUUGGUGAAGGAUAGGCUAAACCUAUAAGAUAGGUUAGGGGGAUUAUCUUUUUGAAAUUUAAAGAUACCCUACAUUUAGAAAACAGUUGUUAAUUGUUUUGUCAAUAGGUGCUACAUUAUAUAGAAAAGGAUUUAUUGAUAGUGCUUUCAUCAUUUUAUAGUUUAUUUCUUGUUGUUUAACAAAAAACAAAUAACAAAACUCAUACCUCUCAGUAUUUUAAUGAAGAGCUCUCCGAGUGAUUCAGUCAUGCUUCCAGUGCAGCAGAAUCUCGGAGGGCUUCUAAACGCAGAGCGAAAUCUGCAAGUAGAACAAACGAUGUAGUUAUUUUAGAGAGUAUUUUAUUUGAAAUGGCCAUCAAGCUUUACCCUAGAUUUUUUGUUUUCCUUAUGAUGUUGCAAAUGUUUUUUUUCUUCUUCAAAAUUUC